AUGGAUUAUCCUUCUCGCCGGUACGGUCGGUUUUAUGCCAGACAACUCUCUGCUCGCGGCAAUCUUCCAUUCCGACCAUACGGACCCAGAAGAGGGAUGGCAUUUCUCAAGAUCGGCCUGCUAGGCACUGUUGGCUAUUUCGCCGCUAAGAAGCUUCUUCGGUUCCGUAGUCAACGCAUGCAGGCAUACUUCGACGACUCGGCCGAUGGUGACGGAAGCAAUGGAUACAAGACGUUGGGGUGGGUUUCGACUUGA